AUGGAGGCGGAGAUUGCCUACCGGUAUCUGACUCCAAACGCUGAACUUCAAGGGCCAGUUCGGAAGGAGCUCAACGUAAACGGAAACAUCCUGACUGUGUUGGUUUUACGCUGGUCCGGGGAGGUCGGUGGCGAGUGGCUGGGGACAGCGCGAGUUCGGGAGGAGCCUGGGACUGCUUACAAAGCAGCAGAGCGGCCUCGGAGGGGAAUGGCCGAGGCCCCAGUGCGAGAGGUUUCUGUGCCUGGUUCCAUGAAGCUGGGGAACGAGACCCUGGUGUCCCAGUUUCUUCUGGAAGGGCUGACUGACACAGAGGAGUUGAGGCACUUGCUUUUUGCCAUUUUUCUGCUGGUCUACAUAGUGGCUGUGGUUGGGAACCUGGGCAUUGUCAGCCAUAUCGUAAUGGACUCCCGACUUCACACCCCCAUGUACUUCUUCUUAGCCAACCUUUCACUACUGGACACUACCUAUAUGUCCAACACGGUGCCCCAGGUGUUGGUACACCUGCUGGCACCAGUGCGGACCAUGCCCUAUCAUGCCUGCCUUACCCAGAUAUUCUUUCUCCACUUCCUGGCUCCCUGGGAGUGCUUCCUGCUCACAGCCAUGGCCUACCACCGCUAUGCGGCCAUUUGCCAGCCCCUGCACUAUCUAGUCCUCAUGGGCCCACGGACCCGGACAGGGUUGGCUUCAAUCUCUGGCCUGCUUGCCUUGGCCAAUGCACUCACCCACACCAUCCUUGCGGCUCUACUCAAGUUCUGUGGGCCUCGCCUUGUCACCCAUUUCUUCUGCGACCUCCCUCCGCUGAUGAAACUCUCUUGCUCAAGCACGCAGGCCAAUGAACUCGCCCUGUUUUUCUUCAGCUUUUUGGUGGCUCUUGCACCCUGUGCCCUGGUUGUGAUCUCUUAUAUACACGUCGUGGCUGCUAUUCUCGGGAUCCGCUCCGCUGAGCGCCGACGAAAAGCCUUUUCCACCUGCGCUGCCCACAUCACGGUGGUCUGCGUGUUCUACGUCACUUCCGUCCUCUGCUACAUCCUCCCCAGCUCUGCAUACUCAGGCUCGCGGGACCGGGUGCUGUCCGUGCUGUCCGUGGUCCUCACUCCCAUGCUGAACCCCAUCAUCUACAGCCUGCGGAACAAGGAGGUGAAGAGGGUUUUGCUCAAGGCCCUUGGGAAAGAAAGUGCCUCCUAG